AGCACCGUACAAGCUUCACCAGCCAACCUCACUCCUAGGCGCGCAACAAACACAUCCUCCAACCCACACACGUCCAACCUGGCGCCCCGAGGCGGCCAGUUGAAGCACAGCCACCAUGAACAUCUUCAGAAUACUGGGCGACUUGUCGCAUCUCGCCUCCAUCUUCAUCCUCCUCGCCAAAAUGAAAUCGUCGAGCAGCGCGUCCGGCAUCUCCUUCAAAUCCCAAUUCCUCUACAUGCUCGUCUACGUCACCCGCUACCUCGAUCUCUUCUGGACGAGCCCGACGCGUAGCCUGUGGAACACGACGUUCAAAAUCAUCUUCCUCGGCGCGCAGUUCUACAUCAUCUACCUGAUGCUCGUCGACUACAAGCCCACCCACGACCCCAACCAAGACACCUUCAAAGUCGAGUAUUUACUUGCAGGAGCGGCGGUGUUGGGGAUAGUGUUGCCAGUAAAAUACCAGCCCGCGGAGAUGCUCUGGGCCUUCUCCAUCUGGCUCGAAUCCGUCGCCAUCCUGCCGCAGCUCUUCAUGCUACAGCGCACGGGCGAGGCAGAGACCAUCACCACGCACUACAUCUUCGCCCUCGGCGCCUACCGCGCCCUCUACAUCCCCAACUGGAUCUGGCGCUACUUUGCCGAGGGCUACUUCGACCUCAUCCCCGUGCUCGCCGGCAUCGUGCAGACGGUGCUGUACUCCGAUUUCUUCUACAUUUAUUGGACCAAGGUCAUGCAAGGCAAGAAGUUCAAUCUGCCGGUAUAGGGGCAACGCUGGCGGAUUCUGGACGCAGCAGGGACAGACUGUGCGCAGUGUUGAAAAGCAGGCUCCAGACAUCAGUCGAUGGCAAUGGGUGUGGUGUUUUGCAUAGCAUUGGAGUUCUGUCAAGCGGGUAUAGAAAAGGGUCAUGAGAGGGGCAAGCGUUGAGCCACGGUUGCGCCGGACGCGGGACGUAGUUCGAUAUCGAUUGGCAUGAUCAAAAGUCGCAGCAACUCAUCGCU